AUGUCUGUGACCCCGCAUCAAGCCACUCUCUUGCUGCAACACUGCGGCGCACUCCUCUCCAUCACAACAAUGAGCAGCUUGCGAACUUUUCGCGUCGUGCUCUCGCGUGAUUUCGAUCCAGAGAUCACAUCAUGGAAUUACACAGUUGCCAACCUCCCGCAGGCCAGGCAGACAAACGCGGCUGGACUUGUCAAGUGCUUUUCCCUUGUUUCUUCGGGAACGGUGCAGGAGAUCGUCCUGCGGUUUGAAAGCGCGCCCUCCAACCGUGUUACACGCAAAGAGCCUUUGGACAGACUCCUCCUCCUUUCGCUGGCGGACUUCCGCUUGCGUUGGCCUUCAAAGUCGCCAGAUGACCCACCACGCGUAGCCACUGGCAGAGAGAACGGCAAUUACAUCACAAGACUACUCACCACUGGCGUUGUACUCAAUGGGAUUCACUACCACUUCUUUGGUCAUUCAAACAGCCAAACGAAGUCCAGAUCUUGCUUCAUGUAUGGCGCAUCGAAAGAAGACAUCUCUGCCAAGAUCGAAGCUAUGGGUGAUCUCUCGAAACUCAAGUCCGUAGGCAAGAAAGCAAAACGAAUUGGGUUGCUUUUCUCUAGCGCAGAGGCCGCGCUUGAUCUCUCCCCGGAACGCUGCAGAGACAUCGACGACGUCAAACGCGAUGAUUACGUUUUUACCGACGGAUGUGGUCUCAUUUCUCUUCAACUUGCUCGACAACUGUCCCAGAGACGCAACAUAAUAUUUCGCAAUCAGCGCUACCUACCGUCCGUAUUCCAAAUUCGAUAUCGUGGAUACAAGGGCGUAUUGACCUUAGACCCUACCCUUCAGGGUAAGGAACAGGUACAGUUUCGAGAAUCUAUGAGGAAGUUCAAGGAUGCGUCCGAUCACAGUUUCGCGGUCGUAGACUAUUCCAAGCCUUACGUCUAUGGUAGCCUAAACGAUGAGGUGGUGGUGCUCUUGCAUACGCUGGGUAUUUCGGCGGAUAUCCUUCUCGACAAGCAGCAGCAGCAUCUGCACUUCCUCAAUAACGUUAGCCAAGGUAAUCCUGGGGCAGCCUUCCAGUAUCUCUCAUACAGUGGCAGACUCGAUCUAGCAGAGAGACUUCUAUUAGAAGGCAUUGGAUCUGUCCACACGCUCCUAGGAAGGAUGAUCCGAGAAGAGUACACCAAGAUGCUGAACAAACGAAACGAACAACGAUGUCGGAUUCUGAUCCGCCGUUCACGGCUUCUCUUCGGUGUUUGUGACCCAAGUAGCAAGAAUGGUCACCCGGGAAAGCUCAGAGAAGUCUUUGUGACUUGGGAUCCAGAUAUCAUUCCACGAACGAUGGCACAGCCCGCCCAGUACCCAGGAGGCAAAGAACUUGUAACUUUCGGCGAAGUGACCGGUGACGCCCGAGCGGAGUACUUUGCCCGAUACACCAGUGCGUCCAUGGGGAAAGUCAAAAAUCUCUACAUGAGAUGGGCGCGCCUCGGUCAUGCCAUGAGCCCGCAAUGUCAACAACUCAAUCAGUUGUUUUCUCAGUGCGUUGAUGGAAACCACAUCCGGAUUCCUGACGACCUCAAGGAAUUCACGAAGUUAGAGGAUCCGUCUGAACCUAAACAUACCGUCGCUCCCUUCAUCUUGGAUGUUCUGCAUGAUGCUUGCACCCAGCUCAUUCUUCAGGCUGUCAACACACGACCCAACGACUGCGAUGAAGUCGACGUGAUGGAGCUCUUCCUCGCACGAGACAAGAUGGCGAUGUCUGAAUUCGAAUUACUGCAUCUUCUACUGCGCUGGUGUGAGCAUAGCGGUGAAGACAUUCUCGAAUACAGUCACCAUCUCGAUUUCAGUGCUUUGAGCGAUGAGCAGCAAAUAUGGUUUCUUAGCUGCCUUCCACCGUCAGCAACUGCGCCGAGUUUGGUACGGAACGGGCUUCUCCAGUCACAACUCGUCACGCCUGACGAGGUGAGCAAGUUUCGCCUAGAUCAGCCGCACCUGCACUGGAAGCCGGUCUUCAGAUCGUCCACCGACCGUAUGCAAAGAUUCUUGCCUACCGUCUCUCAGGCCUUGGAAAUCUUCCACAAGAAACUCAUCAUCUUGACGGUGGAUGAACGUCUGAGCGUUGCGAUAUACGUACCAAAAAAGAUUGAAAGAGCAAGCGAAGUUCAAGUCGACACCGGCGUCGUAGUCUUCGCUUUCCCCCACUCACAAGGCCUACAUUCACCAAACUACAAAAUGCUACCAACCAAGGUCAAUUACAGGCUGUUUUGCGAUGAACAUAUGUUUCAAUUGUACGAACGUCAGCGAAGUAACACAUGGAUCUUUCUGAGGCGUCCUCAGGCUGACGAUUCGCUCUACCGAAAUGAGAAAAACAAAGGAGACAAACGCAGAGCACGCGAGACUACUGUGCGCGACGGAGUCAACUUUGACUGCAAAGCUAGCAUUGCUUUGGACAAAGUUGGUCGAGGACUUCAGCAGCAUAUCGGCAAGGUGCAGCAAAAUGGGGUAUUGGGUGCGGAAAUAUAUGUCAUCAGCAACAGAGACAUCAACUCAAUGCGGGUGCUUGACGAGUGGCUUACCUUCGUCGACACUGAUGAAGUCUUACCGCUAUUUGAGAAACCGAACAAGAACUACGAUAUACCCAGAUUGAGUUCUAACGACUGGGCAGACUACCCCGAGACAGUAGUCGCCGUGGUUCGCGACAAAGACUUUGCUCACCUCCAAAAACUGAAGUCUGUGUCAGAACUGUCGACCAUCCUUGGUUUGCUCAACGACCAUGGUGAAAAGAAGAUGCUUUUGGACACGUUCUCGCAUGUUCUUGCUUUUGAAGCAAGCUCCGCUCUCUCGCUAGACCGGACGAUCGUAGCGUCGACUCUCCUCGACUUCCUACCGAAUGCGGUGUACCUGAUACCCGCAUUCUUCCGCUCUCAAACGUGGGAGACUCACAGGUCCUCGUUGGACGAACACCUUAUCCAUAUGGCCUUUAGUCUACCGAGACAUCUCGUCCUUUUGUCGGAGGAGAUGGGUAGUUUCAUCCGGCGUCCAAUCCAAAUCCUGUUGCAAGAACUGAAGUGCAUCUCGUUGAGAGAGUUCGCCGACAUCGUGGAGCUCAUUUCGCUUACGGUCCGCUCUUCCGAAACGGCCUUGGAUCUUCUUCUUGGGGUGUUAGAGCCUGAAAGCUCGCGGCUUCUGGUAGGACGGCCGACUGCAAUUCGGCAAUUCACGUCAUCGUUGUUCGGCAUCGCGCUUGACCAUGUAGAUGAAGCGUCUAGUGCUCGCGAGCAAAAGUCGCGAGAGUUUCUCGAGCUGCGCCUGGAUGGCCAUAGCGACGGCUGCGCAAUGGUCAAGGGCACACUUCGUAUCGAUUCUUCCUUGAAUGGAUUGCUCAAAGCUGGCGAUCACGUUCGUCUUACAGCAUCCGAUCCACCGCAGAAUGAUGUUAUCGCAAGGCUCUUCUCGAUGGAUGCUGUUGUGUCAUCAGCUGAACCAGGCAAGGUUGCAUUUCGGUGUCUUCAUCAUCCGCCGUCGUACCUUGGCAAGUGCGCCUGGAGUGUUACGCAGUGUGGAUCUUUUGUUACAAGCAAGACCUCUUUCGACGCUGUAACUGCUUUCUACACCGAGCGCGAAACCUGUAGUGCCAUCUACGCGAUGCUUCUCGGUCUUCCUCCGUCAAAACAAGAUAAGUCGAUUGGCAUCGAGCUACCGGUGACCGUCGCCCCAUCACUGAACGGAAGUCAGAACGCAGCGCUCGCUGCUUCGAUGAAACAUUCAUUGACGUUCAUCUGGGGCCCUCCGGGUACAGGAAAGACUCAUACAAUUGUCGUCAUUAUUACCCAGCUGCUGGAAAAACUACCCAAAUUACGAUUCCUCGUUACUGCGCCAACGCAUAAUGCAGUGGAUAACAUGCUGAGGAGGUUCGUGGCCUACCCUGAAGCGAAGAAUGGUGGCAUUGUCCCUGUUCGGGUAUCGACGCAGCUUUCCAAAGUCGCUCAGGACUUACGUACGUACACGUGUGACGCCAUGGUCGGCAAAGACCUAAGCGCGAACUUCCCAGCUCGGCGUAAGGCGCAGAAGAGGAUCAAAGAGGCCCGUCUCGUGUUUACUACGUGCACUGGAGCUGCGUUAGGUUUGCUUCGUAACGAGGCUUUCGAUGUCGUUAUCAUUGACGAAGCCUCACAGCUUACUGAGCCCGCAACCCUGGUGCCUCUUGUCAAAGGGUGCUCGCGUGCGAUAUUAGUUGGAGACCAUGUCCAGCUUCGCGCCACGGUUCAACAAACUGCUGUGGUAACCUGUUAUGACGUCUCACUCUUUGAACGCCAUUAUAAUCUAGCACCAAGAGAAGGCGUCGCAAAAGUCAUGCUCAACAUGCAGUAUCGCAUGCACCGCUCCAUCUGCGAUUUCAGCUCCUCCGAGUUCUACGACAGUAAACUCCAUACUGCUGUAGCUGACAACGCGCGUCCGCUGCCUCCUUCGCUCUUCCCCUGGCCUAAGACAAAUCGUAUGGUUUGGGUCGAAUGCGCUGCACCUGAAGACCUUUUCCAGCAAUCCAAGUCGAAUGCUGGCUAA